AAUUAUUGAUUGCAACACAUUGUGCAGAGCAUAACAACAAUACUAACUGCAUUGGGUUAGGCUUGUAAAACAAAGGCUUGCAUUGAUGUGUUUAUAGAACUUUGAGUACAAGCUCUCUUGUUAUCCUACAAGCAUUAGUGUACAAGGCUUAGGUUUUAACUAAUGCAUUACCUUACUAGAUCUACACUAGUAAUAGCUGUGUACGUAGUAUAUAGUAAAGCAUGGCUGUAUUAAACUGUGCUGUACGUGACGUGGUGGAUGAAUGUGUGCCAUGGCAAGCAUUUGUAGUCUUCUCCAAAUGCUACCUAAUAUAGUUCCAGAGGAGGUCCGAUGUCAUGCGUGUACGAAUCACUACAAGUGAUAGUGCAUUUGGCUUGGACAUUAUCAUGUGACCGCAAUGACAUCAAUGCACUGAACUUGUAGUGAUUCGUGCACGCAUGUCGGACCUCCUCUGAUAUAGUUCUAUUGUAACUGCUGUUCCUGGAGUGACUAAACACGCUCAAUAUCAUUACCAUCACAUAUAUACAUGUCUCUCAGUAUUUAGUAGCUGUGAGUGUUCCAAGCAACUGCUGCUUAUUUUGUUAUCAGAUUGAGAGCUUUUGGUUUCAGUUUUCGUAUUUCUCCUGUACAAUGCUAAUUAUUUCUUAGAGUAGGUGCGGUUAGGGUCGAUGAGUGUGGGUGGCCCGGCUGUGCAUCAGAGCUUGCAAUUAAUAUUAACUCUCAGCACUAGUUGGUAUGCACCUAUGUAUGCUUUGCAUAAAGGGAAAAAAGUGCUAACUCUUGUAUACGUAGGGGCAUCGUUAGUCAAAAGGCUGAAGAACGCCCAAAACACUCAACAUAGUGCAACAGAGGACUUAUCAAAGCUAAUCAAUGAGUCAAAUGGUACACUGACGGAGUCAUCAGCUGAACAAUUGCAGAAACAACAACACGGGCUGUUCGCAAGGAGUCAAACUGAUCUGAGUUUCGGGCAACGUCACAAAACCUUUCAGAACAUCCUUCAUAUUGCACGCGAGCGUAGGUUUUUAAUAUCUACCAAAGCGAGAUACGCUGAUGGUCAAUCGAUUGCUGCACGCCUUGCAAAGAAGAUAUCAUCAAGUACGAGUACGCUGAAACGAACAGUGAGCAGAUUUAAUGGUAUGCGUCAUGAUCAAUUUGAAGGAGUAGCAUACCAUCUGCCAGCCAAUUUGAAUUGGGAUACAGUUUCCAAUUUGGAAGAAUUGUCUACGUUGGAGGUCGCGUCGGCUGGAAAUUAUACCAUUCCCAUUCAUUUGUGGAUAAAAGUUGUGAGAGCGUGUAAUAUGAAGGAAAGGGCAACGGAAGAAGUGAAGAUGAUAAUGGAAGAAAUUAAUACUGUUGCCAACAACCUGAAAUACAAGCAUUCCGUAAUAAGUCGUCAUAUACAGGAUAUCGCCACAUCUGAUAGUCUGUCUCUGUUUCAGAAAGGUUGCCUUAACCUUUUGCACCGAAGAUUAUUACUGUGUGAAUCUUAUUUAAUUACGUUUUCCAGAACAGUUAACCAGUAUCAUAUUGUAGAGCUACCUGAUACGAGCUUAUUAGGUCCAGAUGGUUCAUUUUUUUACAAUUGUCAAAUUCAUGAACAUGAUUACCCUUCCGUUACUGAUAUUAUUUGUACAGACAGUAGUAGUGAUGAUGAUUCUGACGUGGACAAUUGAACACUUAUCUUUUUUAUGUACUUUAAUUAAUAAUUUAUUAAUCACACUUUAAUUAAUUAGCUAUAGGCAGUCAUUAUUUCUUAAACAUCAAUGCCUUUUAUAAA